CUUCACUCUUCUUUCAAUGUAUCCAAAUGCAUCAGUGUUUCUCGCUCUUCGCUGUAAUAAAUCGAUUUUAUUAUUUCUGGGCCGGCCGGUUCAACUUGAGUGAAAAAUAUAUUUAACCAUUGAAAUGUAAUAAUUAUUAUUAUAAAAUGGUAGUUACAUUAUAAACAAAAUGUCAUUUACUAUUCUUUGCUCAUUUGUGUUAACGUUUUAUGUGGUUAUAUGGUUUUUUGACUCUUUUUUCAAGAGUUGUAUGCACUAUCCUUACUACGCCUUUCUGGAUGGAACUGGGCUAAAAAUUGGUAUUUUAAAUUUUUCAUGGACAACCACUGCAUGCAACAGAUUUAUCUACAGAUGGAGUAAAAAUCUUGGUCGAAUUUUACGAAAAUGGUUCAACUUUGGGUACAUUUUUACAAUCGGCUUAUUUCUACCGUUUUCUUUAUGGACCCUUCUAUCAAUUAUUUUUGAGCAUUUUAAUGACACAAUACAAAUAGACAAUGUUUUUGAAGUGAAGGCUAUGUUACCCGGUGUGAACAUACAUACUUCAGACUUUUGGGUUUACUUUUUGGCAAUUGGAUGCAGCUCUAUAUUUCAUGAGCUUGGUCAUGCAGCAGCUGCUUCACAGGAAGAUGUACAGCUUGUUUCAGUUGGGGUGUAUGUGUUUGCAAUAAUACCUCUUGCCUUUGUGCAGUUAAAUACUGAACAUCUUAAUAGCCUUAGUAUAACGAAAAGGUUGAAAAUAUACUGUGCUGGAGUCUGGCAUAAUGUAACACUUGCAUUUUUUGCACUGUUACUGUUUUUCUCAGCACCAAUUCUAUUUAGUAUUGCAUACCAAACUGAUAUUGGAGUAAGAGUUACAGAUCUCACAGAUGAUUCUCCAUUAAGAGAUGCCAGAGGACUUCAAGUAGGAGACAUCAUCACUUCUAUUAAUGAUUGUCAUGUUAAGAAUUCAAAAGAUUGGUCGUAUUGCUUACAUGUAGCUCAUGAUCGUUUUGGUAUUUGCACAAGUGCUGAAUAUAUAGCACAGAAUGAUGAAAUAAUGAUGGAAACUAUCAAAGAAAAUGAUGUUGUUGAAUGCUGUCGUAAAAAUGAUUUGUAUAGUUUUUGCUUUGAAUAUAUGGAGCCCAAAGCAGUUGUUGACUCAGUAUUACCAGGGCAGUAUUCUUGUUUAAAGCCCAGAGAUAUGGUUAAGAAUAAAUUAAUCAAAUGUACAGAGACAAAUGGUUACUCGUGUCCUAGAAAUAUGCACUGUUUAAAACCAUCACUACAUAAUCAAACAUACCUCAUUAUAGUAGAAAGACAAGACGAUAAUGCAGUUCUUUAUUUGGGAUUGCCAUAUGAUAUACACAAGACAGUAUUUGUUGAUCAAUAUUUUCCAAGGUGUGCCAUCAUUUCAUUUUUCUCACCAUCUCAGUUUGAAAAGCUUUUGCGAUAUAUUUUUAUAUUUUCUAUGGGUAUAGGAUUUUUGAAUGUUUUGCCCUGUUAUGGAACUGAUGGACAUCAUAUUGCAAGAAGUAUCAUUCAAUGGUUAGCUAAAUAUUUUAAUAAAAAUGGUGAUUUUAUAACAUUCUUUACUGUAUUUACAAUAUUUGUAGGUACAGGCAUCACUGUGCCUAUAUUAAUAUUUCUAUUUUAUAAAGCAAUAUUUGUUGAUGAUUAUUAAUCAUUUUAUUCUUAAAUUAUUUAACUACAUAAUAACUAAAUAGUUAGCUACAAAUUCAAAUGUACAUGAGCAUCUGGAAUUUAGUCAAUAUUUGAUGUUAGCAAUUAGGUGUCCUAGCCUAUAUUCAUAGAAUUUGUAUGAAAUGUAUGCUAUAUAAUACUUAUUUAUGUUGUUUUAAGUUUUAACUGCACAAAUAAAAAUUAUUAUAUAUUGUUUUAUAUUUAGAUUGAUUUAAAUAUUUAUAUGUAAAAUAGAUAUGUAACAAUAACUAAUUAACAAAAAUUGUAUGAAUGCAAUUUCUGUUAUAAUGGAAAGUAAUUAUUUGUUGUAGUACUUAUGAAAAUAAUAAACUUGUA